GCAAAACUCCACUUCAAAGGCGUGUUUGGUGAAUAGUAAUUGUUCCUUAUUUAAUCUUGCCAAUCACGCCAAUAAUGGACAUGAAGAAGGCUGCCUGCGUUGUCCUCUUUGCCGCCGCCUCAAUGAGCGUCGUGAUGGCUGAGGUUACUGCCCCUGCCCCUGCCCCAACCGCUACCAGCGAUGCCUCUGCUACCUUCCCAGUUGUUGUUGGUGCCUCAAUUGCCUCACUCAUCGCAUAUUUCUUGCACUAAAUCAAGACACAAUUGGAAAGAAAAUGUAACCACAGAGAGGGGAAAUGUAAAAGGGAAAAAAAAAAAGAUUAGAAGGAUGAGAGAGAGAUAAGUUUUAUUCUCUUUCCUCUCUGCUCUGCUUUUUCUUUCUCUCCCCUUUCAUCUUUUCUGUUGGCGUAUUUUCCGAGAUAAGAUUAAACAAAUCUUUUCCAAGCAAAAAAAGAGCAAAAUUUUGCAAGGACAUAAAGCACAA